UUAUUCCGUAGGCUCCAGGAUGCAGGGAUGGGCUGCACUGCCAGCAUUGUUCUGCUUCAAGCUUUUCGUUCUGUGGUCCAGAGGAGCUGUCCACACAUUUGUAGACGACGCCAGGAGGAACCAUCCCAUGAAAUUUUGCCUCUGGAAAGUGACGAUGAAAUGAGUAGACCCAGAACGCUCAUCAUAAUGCAGGAAAAACCCAGACUUCUUGAGCCUUUGGAUUAUGAAACUGUCAUUGAAGAGCUUGAGAAGACCUAUCGAAAUCACCCCAAUCAAGAUCUCCUCUUCUUUCCCAAGGAUGACUUCUCAACUGCCACAGUGUCCUGGGAUAUCCGAACAUUAUACUCAACAGUACCUGAGGAUGCGGAGUGCAAAGCAGAAAAUCUACUGGUAAAAGAGGCUUGUAAAUUUUAUAGCUCCCAGUGGCAUGUGGUGAACUACAAAUAUGAACAGUAUUCUGGAGACAUUCGGCAGUUACCCAGAACAGAAUACAAGCCAGAGAAACUUCCUUCACAUUCCUUUGAGGUUGACCACGAAGAUGCUGAUAAGGAUGAAGAUUCCACGUCCCACUCUUCGUCCAAGGGUGGAGGGGGCACAGGAGGGACCGGAGUGUUCAGGUCCGGCUGGCUAUACAAGGGGAACUUCAAUAGCACCGUGAACAAUACCGUCACUGUCCGGUCUUUCAAAAAGCGCUUCUUCCAGUUGACCCAGUUACCCGAUAACUCCUACAUUAUGAAUUUUUAUAAAGAUGAAAAAAUAUCCAAAGAACCCAAAGGCUGCAUUUUUCUGGAUUCCUGUACAGGUGUAGUGCAGAAUAACAGACUAAGAAAAUAUGCCUUCGAGUUGAAAAUGAAUGACCUGACCUAUUUUGUGCUGGCAGCUGAAACAGAGUCAGAUAUGGAUGACUGGAUCCACACCCUCAACCGCAUCCUGCAGAUCAGUCCCGAGGGGACCCUGCAGGGAAGAAGGAGCACAGAGCUCACAGAGCUGGGCCUGGAUUCACUGGACAAUUCUGUAGCUUGUGAAUGCACAGCAGAGGAAACAGAUUCUCCAGAGAACAGCCUGCACCCCGACUUCACAAAAUACCUCAUGGAAACAGAAGAGACUGUCAAAACAACUCGAAACAUGGAAAGGCUAAAUCUCUUCUCGCUGGAUCCAGAUAUAGAUACCUUGAAAUUUCAGAAAAAGGAUCUUUUGGAAUCUGAGUUUGUGAUCAAACCAUUUGAAGAAAAAGCAGCCAAGAGAAUCAUGAUCAUUUGUAAAGCUCUGAACUUCAGCCUGCAGGGAUGUGUUACAGAAAAUGAAAAUGAUCCAAUAACAAAUAUUGAGCCCUUUUUUGUGAGUGUAGCACUUUAUGACCUCAGAGACAGCAGGAAGAUUUCUGCGGAUUUCCACGUGGAUCUGAACCACACAGCUGUCAGGCAGAUGCUCCCAGGGGCUCCUGUAACUCUGGAAAAUGGAAACAUUGAGAGUUUCAGCCCCAGACAAUCAGAAGAACCUCAUGUCAAAGGAUUUCCGGAAGAAUGGCUGAAGUUUCCAAAACAGGCUAUCUUUUCUGUAAGCAAUCCACAUUCUGAAAUUGUUCUGGUGGCCAAAAUAGAAAAAGUGCUGAUGGGAAGUAUUACCAGUGGUGCUGAGCCUUACAUCAAGAAUCCAGACUCCAACAAGUAUGCACAAAAGAUAUUAAAGUCCAACAGGCAGUUCUGCAGCAAGUUGGGGAAGUACCGUAUGCCGUUUGCUUGGGCAGUGAGAUCAGUAUUUAAAGACAACCAGGGAAAUGUGGACAGAGACUCAAGAUUUUCACCACUGUAUAGACAAGAAAGCAGCAAGAUUUCAGCAGAGGACCUACUUAAGCUCGUGUCAGACUAUAGAAGAGUUGACAGAGUAAGCAAGAUACAGACCAUCCCAGGAAACCUGGACGUUGCUGUCGACACCAUCCCUAUGGAUCAUCCAAACUGUGUGACAUCGUCCUUUGUCCCUGUCAAGCCUUUCAAUGUGACAGCUCAACCAGAACCCACAGUGGAGGUUGAAGAAUUUAUUUAUGACACAACAAAGUUUUGCCGUCCCUACAGAGUGUACAAAAAUCAAAUUUACAUUUACCCCAAACAUCUUAAGUAUGACAGCCAAAAAUGUUUCAACAAGGCACGAAAUAUAACUGUGUGCAUUGAAUUCAAAAAUUCUGAUGAAGAAGGUGCCAAGCCCCUGAAGUGUAUUUAUGGAAAACCUGGAGGACCCCUGUUCACCUCAGCUGCCUACACCACAGUUCUGCACCAUUCCCAGAACCCGGAUUUCUCUGACGAGGUGAAAAUUGAGCUCCCCACGCAACUCCAUGAGAAACACCAUAUUUUGUUCUCAUUUUAUCAUGUCACCUGUGACAUCAAUGCCAAAGCUAAUGCCAAAAAGAAGGAGGCUCUGGAGACAUCAGUUGGGUAUGCUUGGCUUCCUCUGAUGAAACACGAUCGGAUAACCUCGCAAGAGUACAAUAUCCCAGUAGCGACCAGUCUGCCUCCAAACUAUCUAAGUUUCCAAGAUUCUGCAAGUGGAAAGCAUGGUGGGAGUGACAUUAAAUGGGUUGACAAUGGCAAACCACUCUUCAAAGUAACAACAUUUGUUGUAUCAACAGUGAAUACUCAGGAUCCAUACGUGAAUGAAUUUUUCCAACAGUGCCAAAAGAGAGAGAAAGAUAUGUCUGAGUCACCUACCUCGAAAUUCAUCCGCUCCUGUAAGAAUCUAUUGAACGUUGAAAAGAUUCAAGCAAUCAUGAGCUUCCUCCCUAUCAUCUUGAAUCAGCUCUUCAAGGUCCUGGUACAGAAUGAAGAAGAUGAAAUUUGCACCACCGUGACCAGGGUUUUGACAGACAUCGUGGCUAAGUGCCACGAGGAGCAGCUGGAACACUCUGUCCAGUCAUACAUCAAGUUUGUGUUCAAGACCAGGACAUGCAAAGAUAGGACGAUCCAUGAGGAACUGGCUAAAAAUGUGACUGGUCUUUUGAAGUCCAAUGAAUCGACGACAGUUAAGCAUGUCUUAAAGCACUCCUGGUUCUUCUUUGCAAUUAUUCUAAAAUCAAUGGCACAGCACUUGAUUGACACAAAUAAAAUUCAGCUUUCUCGGGCUCAAAGAUUUCCAGAAUCUUACCAAAACGAACUGGACAAUCUUGUAAUGGUUCUGUCCGACCACGUGAUUUGGAAAUAUAAAGAUGCACUUGAAGAAACGAAGCGGGCCAACCACAGCGUUGCCAGAUUUCUUAAGCGCUGCUUUACUUUUAUGGACCGGGGCGUUGUGUUUAAGAUGGUCAACAGCUACAUCAGCAUGUUCUCUUCUGGGGAUCUCAAGACCUUAUGCCAGUACAAAUUUGAUUUUCUCCAAGAAGUAUGUCAACAUGAACAUUUUAUUCCUCUGUGUCUUCCCAUAAGAUCAGCAUAUAUUCCAGAUCCUUUGACACCUUCAGAAUCAACUCAGGAGUUACAUGCAUCAGAUAUGCCAGAAUAUUCAGUCACGAAUGAAUUUUGUCGAAAGCAUUUCUUAAUUGGAAUCCUGCUCCGAGAAGUUGGCUUUGCGCUGCAGGAAGACCAAGAUAUAAGACACUUAGCUUUAGCUGUUCUAAAAAAUCUAAUGGCUAAGCAUUCAUUUGAUGAUCGAUACAGAGAACCAGCAAAACAGGCGCAGAUAGCAAGUCUAUACAUGCCUCUCUAUGGCAUGCUUUUGGACAACAUGCCAAGAAUUUACCUGAAAGAUCUGUAUCCUUUUAUUGUCAAUACAUCUAAUCAAGGUUCUAGAGAUGACCUCAGUACCAACGGAGGAUUUCAUACCCAGUCAACUAUGAAACAUGCAAACUCAGUGGAUACAUCAUUUUCUAAAGAUGUUUUAAAUUCCAUAGCAGCCUUUUCAUCAAUAGCUAUUUCUACAGUAAACCAUGCUGAGUCCAGAGCAUCCUUAGCAAGUCUUGACUCCAACCCAAGUACCAACGAGAAGAGCAGUGAGAAGACCGAUAACUGUGAAAAGAUCCCAAGACCCUUGUCUUUGAUAGGCUCAACUCUUCGCUUUGACAAAUUAGAUCAAGCAGAAACCAGGAGUCUUCUUAUGUGCUUUCUUCACAUUAUGAAAACCAUUUCGGAGGAAACUUUGAUCACCUACUGGCAAAGGGCACCCAGUCCAGAAGUGUCUGACUUUUUCAGCAUUUUGGAUGUUUGUCUCCAAAAUUUCAGAUACCUAGGAAAACGCAAUAUAAUAAGAAAAAUUGCUGCUGCAUUUAAAUUUGUGCAGUCCACCCAGAACAAUGGAACACUCAAAGGAUCAAAUCCUUCCUGCCAAGCGUCGGGCCUCUUGCCACAAUGGAUGCACACCACCUCCAGUCAAGAAGGACAUAAACAUCACAGAUCGCAAACUUUACCUAUAAUUCGAGGCAAAAAUGCACUUUCGAAUCCCAAACUCUUACAGAUGUUAGACAAUACCAUGACCAAUAAUGCCAAUGAAAUAGACAUCGUUCACCAUGUGGACACAGAGGCCAAUAUAGCUACUGAGGUUUGCCUGACUAUUCUAGACCUGCUGUCGCUCUUCACUCACAUUCACCAGAGACAAAUGCAGCAAGCUGAUUGUCAAAAUUCAAUGAUGAAGAGGGUCUUUGAUACCUACAUGCUCUUCUUCCAAGUCAACCAGUCAGCCUCUGCUCUGAAGCAUGUGUUUGCAUCCCUGAGACUGUUUGUAUGCAAGUUUCCCUCAGCAUUUUUUCAAGGACCCGCUGACCUCUGCGGAGCCUUCUGCUAUGAAGUCCUAAAAUGUUGUAACCACAGAUCACGGUCAACUCAGACAGAGGCAUCAGCACUCCUGUACUUUUUCAUGAGGAAGAACUUUGAAUUUAACAAGCAGAAGUCAAUUGUCCGGUCUCACUUACAACUCAUCAAGGCUGUAAGCCAGUUAAUAGCUGAUGCUGGAAUUGGAGGUUCUCGGUUUCAGCAUUCCCUUGCAAUCGCCAACAAUUUUGCUAAUGGAGACAAGCAAAUGAAAAACAGCAAUUUCCCAGCAGAGGUGAAAGACCUGACUAAACGCAUAAGGACGGUUUUAAUGGCCACAGCUCAGAUGAAGGAGCAUGAAAAGGACCCAGAGAUGCUCGUGGACCUCCAGUACAGCCUGGCUAACUCCUAUGCAAGCACCCCUGAGCUCCGAAGGACCUGGUUAGAGAGCAUGGCCAAGAUUCAUGCAAGAAAUGGAGACUUAUCUGAGGCUGCCAUGUGCUACAUCCACAUCGCUGCCCUCAUUGCAGAAUACCUGAAGAGAAAGGGUUACUGGAAAAUGGAAAAGAUUUGCACAGCAUCCCUGCUCGCGGACGAGAUGCACCCCUGUGAUAGCAAUCCAUUACUAACAACUCCCGGUGGAGGAAGCAUGUUCUCUAUGGGCUGGCCAGCUUUUCUGAGCAUUACACCAAACAUUAAAGAAGAAGGUGCAAUGAAAGAAGAUUCAGGAAUGCAAGAUACACCAUACAAUGAGCAUAUCCUGGUAGAGCAGCUGUACAUGUGUGUGGAAUUUCUCUGGAAGUCUGAAAGAUAUGAACUUAUCGCCGAUGUCAACAAGCCCAUCAUUGCUGUCUUUGAGAAGCAAAGGGACUUCAAGAAAUUAUCGGAUCUGUACUAUGACAUUCAUCGGUCUUACCUGAAAGUGGCUGAGGUGGUGAACUCUGAGAAGCGGUUGUUUGGUCGCUACUAUCGCGUGGCAUUUUAUGGGCAGGGAUUUUUUGAAGAAGAAGAAGGUAAAGAGUAUAUUUAUAAAGAGCCUAAACUGACAGGUCUCUCUGAAAUUUCCCAAAGACUACUCAAACUCUAUGCAGAUAAAUUUGGAGCAGACAAUGUGAAGAUAAUUCAGGAUUCCAACAAGGUAAACCCCAAGGAUUUGGACCCCAAAUUUGCCUAUAUCCAGGUGACCUAUGUCACGCCAUACUUCGAGGAAAAGGAAAUUGAGGACCGGAAGACGGAUUUCGAAAUGCAUCACAACAUCAACCGCUUUGUCUUUGAGACACCCUUCACGCUGUCAGGCAAGAAGCAUGGGGGCGUGGAAGAGCAGUGCAAGAGGAGAACGGUCCUGACGACAAGCCACCUGUUCCCCUACGUGAAGAAGAGAAUACAAGUCAUCAGCCAAUCGAGCACAGAACUGAACCCUAUUGAAGUGGCCAUUGAUGAGAUGUCCAAGAAAGUGUCUGAGCUCAACCAGCUUUGCACAAUGGAGGACGUGGACAUGAUCAGGCUGCAGCUCAAGCUUCAGGGAAGUGUCAGCGUGAAGGUUAACGCUGGACCAAUGGCCUAUGCACGAGCUUUUCUAGAGGAGACUAAUGCGAAAAAGUACCCUGACAACCAAGUCAAGCUUCUGAAGGAAAUCUUCAGGCAAUUUGCAGAUGCGUGUGGGCAGGCCCUGGAUGUGAAUGAACGCCUCAUCAAGGAAGACCAGUUGGAGUAUCAGGAAGAACUAAGAUCCCAUUAUAAGGAUAUGCUCAGUGAACUCUCUGCAGUCAUGAAUGAGCAGAUUACCUACCGGCACGACCCAUCAAAACACGGAGCGGAGCCAACGUGCAGUCGAGUCAUUAGCCGGCCCACCUCAGCCCCCACUGUGCCCUCCGUCUCCAUCUCCUCCAGUGCUGAACCUUGAGGCCAGGACUGCAGAGAAUUUUCUGGAUCUGCAGCUCGCCGUGGGACAGAGAAACAGAUUUAAUUUAUUUGAAGUUUUUAUGGUGUUAAUAUAUUUUUUUUACCUCGCUAAGCUUGAGAAUUUUGCCAGCCUCCCAGAUUUGCACAUUUCUAUGUUUUUUUUCUUUAAAUAGCAUUGAUCAACCCGAGAUGAAUAUUUACCGCAUAAUUCCCACGAACGUGGGCCUCCAAAGCAAACCAAAGUUUGCUGUCAGUUUCAUUAUGUUCAAGCCAAUUCCUGGUACUUGCAUUUUAAAGGUCAAAGUGAAUGUUUUUGUAACAUUUAAGCAUAUUUGAGGUGUAAAUAGGAUAUUGUAAAAAAUAUGGUUUUUACCAAACUUAAAAGAACCUUUUUAGUUAAUACUGAUGACAGUGCUAAAAUUAUAUGAAUAACAUUUUAGAUACCAUUAUAUUAAAAUAUUUGUGUAUGUGUACAAAAGUGUUGAUAAAUACUAAUCUUUAAAGUUUGUGGAAUUCCCUUAUUUGUAAUAUAUGUGCUCUUGAAAAGCAAGAGGCCAUGAAAUUAUGGAAGUAUUUUGUUGUUAAUAGAAAUAAAAAUACGGUUACUUUGCAUUUGG